AUGGCUAUAAGAGAAAGCUGGUUGGACCUGGAACUAUGGAAAACAUUUGGAUACAAAAUAAAGAUUGUAUUCAUUAUCGGAAAGGAUGGAAAGAAAGGGCAACUCAAAGAAGAACUUGAGAUGUUCGAAGAUAUUCUCCUCCUUGAUUUCACCGAGAGUUUCCAUCAUCUCGUUUACAAAGAUAUCGGUUAUCUCCAUUUUCUAGAGGAAAAGUGUCCAAAUGCUGAAUUUAUCUUCAAAGGCGACGAUGAUAUCCUACUAGUACCACAAGGGCUUAUCCACGAUUUAGAACAGUUGAAAAGUGAAGACAACGAAUUUGAGGCGAUUGGUUGUCGAAAGCCUAAGGCAGACGUGAUUCGAAAUCCAAGGUCACGAUAUUUUCUUCCGGAAGAAAUAUUUGAAGACAACUUUUUCGCCCCUUACUACGCUGGUGCUUGUUAUGUGACAACAGGAUCUUUUGCGAUGAAAAUGGCUAAGGCUCUGUCAAUGACAGAAGUGCUGCCGAUGGACGAUGUCUUCGCCGGAGAACUCAUUAAAAAUGCUAAUCUCAUGUAUGAAACCGAUUUUCUUGUCCAAAAGUAUUUGUUUUAG